CUUCACACAAUCCCACCCCCCAUCCUCCUCUAGCUCACCAUGGGCGUUUCUAGUCCUAUGUGGGAAUACUUCCACCAACUUGAAAGGUUUUAUGGAAAUAAUAAAAGCCACCACGUUGCCAAGUGCAAGGGAUGCGUGGCUUGGCACACAAGGACACUGGAGGCAAAGGAUUCCGAGGGCAUCUCAACUGGAAGCAUUACACAACGACGCUCAGCGGAUGAACUACAUGAAGCUGCUCUUGCACUCGCAUCUGAUAUUCAAGGAACAGUAGAAAAGCUGGCUCGUCAUCUUGUGAAAUGCACACACGCUUCCGUAGAGGGGUGUGCUGAAGGACAAGCAUGGUUAGACCAGCGUUCAACAAGUCCGAUGCCUCAUGUCCAUAUAACUUCUUCUCUAUCACUGGGGACACAAAGAACCCCGCACGCAAUCGACUAUCUGUUGAGAAGAUGGUGAAAAUCUCAUCUAUCAAACCAGACCUCAACCACCAACAUGCAGUCGAUGGUUCACAUGGGAAGAGAAUCCGUCGUUCAUUUGGACUUGCUCCUUUCGCUAGCGACCAUGACCCCUCUGGGGCCGACCUCACCAGUGACUACGAUGCAGAACAAUCUGAAAUGAAUUUUGCGCGGAGUCUACCAUCAAGAUCCCCCAAUUUGCAGGGGAAAAGGGUACGAGAUAUUUUCAACUUGACGCGAGAUUCAAUGUGGAUCCAGGGUGAGCGGAACUUAGUGCUAGAAACGGAGAUGGAAGGCCCCUUAACACGAGAGAGGAACUUAGACCUGGAUGGGAGCUUAGAGACAGUGGCAGGGUGGAAUGUUUCUGGUGACAC